AUUAAUAACAAAACGCACUUUGAGCAAAGAACAGAAAAGAGCCAUGUGAUCUUCGCCGAGGCACAAGAGGGAACUCAUUUUCAUAUUUGUACGCAAAAAUGGAUCGUUCAGAUAAAGCAAUAGCUGUUGCUCUCUGCACUAUAUUGUUUGCAUUUGCGAUUAUUGAUAUACGCAUCACAGCAGUGGUUUAUGGAACUAGAUCCCUGGAUAUUUUCUUACCACUUAAAAAUCUGCCAGAAAUUAUGAUCCUCUUGAUGACUUCCGGUGUUUUUGCGAUUAUUUGCUCUGCUAUCGGUGCAGCAGGCUUCGUCAAAAAUAACAAAAAGAUAUUUCUUGUGUUCAUUGUUGCGGCUUGUGCGAACAGUAUUUUGCAAGUUGUGGGUUUCAAAGCGGCUUUAUCUACCGACGUUUUAUCUGAUGCAUUUGAUCUUCUCAAAAGACUGAGAAAUCUUUACGACCCUUCUGAGCCAAACGUGCAACGGAUGUGGGAUGACAUGCAAGAAAGGCUUCAUUGUUGUGGGUUUUUUGGCCCAGCGGAAUGGGGAACUAAUUAUCCAGAUUCGUGCUGUGUGGAUGGAAACUGCUCGACGCAAAAUGCCUAUAAAGACGGCUGUUUAUCUGUUGCUGAGUUCUACUUCUCUUUUUUGGUCAAUGCAGUGUUAGCUGGAUUCUCCGCUGCAAUAACGUUCCUACAGCUCAUCCUCUGUGUAUUCGCAUAUAAAGAGUUGCGCCAAGAUGUCAAUGAAUAUAUACGUUUUUGAUGGUAUUUAUUUAACAAUUUAUAAUAAAAAUGGUGAGAGCAAACGACUAAUAAAAUCAAUAAAACAUUUUAAGUUUAAAUAAA